AUGUCUGCGGUUCGUGCUGGGAAUCGUGCGCCAAAAAAGCAGCAGCCACACAAAGAAAAUACAAAGUCGUUAAAGAGGAAACGGGAUCAGGAAGAUGUCCAAAAACUACAAAAUGCUGUAGACGAGCUUGAAUUGAAGUCUGAAGACACACCCAAGUUCUCAACGUUACCACUUUCAAAACCGACUGCUUCUGGCCUCGAAGCGUCGCAUUUCCAAAACUUAACCGAUGUUCAGGCCCGAGCGAUUCCUCUUGGCUUAAAGGGUCGCGAUAUUCUCGGCGCCGCGAAGACCGGUUCCGGAAAGACCCUUGCUUUCCUAGUUCCCGUCCUCGAGAAGCUUUACCGCGCGCAAUGGACCGAAUACGACGGACUAGGAGCUCUUAUUAUCUCCCCUACGCGCGAGCUUGCCGUGCAGAUUUUUGAGGUGCUGCGUAAGAUUGGAAGAUAUCAUACCUUUUCCGCCGGUUUGGUCAUCGGAGGCAAAAGUCUACGCGAAGAAGCUGAAAGGUUGGGGAGGAUGAACAUUCUAGUUUGUACCCCAGGCCGUAUGUUACAACAUCUAGAUCAGACGGCCGGAUUCGAUGUCGACAAUUUACAGAUACUAGUCCUGGAUGAGGCUGACCGAAUAAUGGAUAUGGGAUUUAAAUCUGCUGUGGAUGCACUUGUAGAGCAUCUUCCCAAAUCGCGGCAGACGAUGUUGUUCAGCGCUACGCAAAGCAAGAAGGUCUCGGAUUUGGCAAGAUUAAGCUUAAAGGAUCCCGAAUACGUAGCUGUCCACGAAGCUGCCGCUGCCGCGACCCCUACGACGCUAACACAACACUACCUUACUACGCCCGUAGCAGAAAAAAUGGAAACUCUAUAUGGCUUUAUAAAAGCCAACCUUAAGAGCAAGAUGAUUGUAUUCCUGUCGUCAGGAAAGCAAGUUCGUUUCGUAUAUGAGAGUUUUCGCCAUCUACAACCUGGUAUCCCGCUACUACAUUUACAUGGCAGGCAGAAGCAGGUGGCGCGACUGGAGAUUACGUCGAGAUUUUCCGCGGCUAAAUAUUCCUGUCUUUUUGCUACGGAUGUGGUUGCGCGUGGUGUGGACUUCCCUGCGGUUGACUGGGUAGUCCAGAUGGACUGUCCCGAAGAUACUGACACCUACAUUCAUCGAGUUGGGCGGACUGCGCGCUACGAAAGAGAUGGAAAGGCAGUACUAUUUCUGGACCCGAGCGAGGAGAAAGGGAUGCUUAAGAGAUUGGAGCAGAGGAAGGUACCCAUACAAAAAGUCAAUGUACGGGAUAAGAAGAAACAGAGCAUCAAGAACCAGAUUCAGGAUAUGUGUUUUAAGAAUCCGGAUCUAAAGUACCUUGGGCAAAAGGCAUUUAUCAGUUACACCCGUUCCGUUCACUUACAAAGAGACAAGGAAAUCUUCAACCUGAAAAAGCUGGAUUUGGAUGCGUAUGCUGCCAGCUUGGGAUUGCCUGGUGCGCCGCAAAUCAGAUUCCAGAAGGGUGAAGAUGUGAAGAAGUUGAAGAAUGCACCUCGUGCUGGGUUGUCUAGCGACUCGGAGUCCGAACUUGACGAAGACAAGAAAAAGCGAAAGAAGGGCGAAAUCCGGACGAAGUACGACCGCAUGUUCGAGAGGACGAACCAAGACGUGCUGACAAAUCACUACAAUAAAAUGAUUGGCGACGAGGGGCAAGGAGCGAGCGAUGACAAUGACGACGAUCAAGACUUCCUUUCCGUGAAGCGAGUACUGGAAGGAGAUGACUUAGACGACGCCGAGGAGGGCAAUGGGCUGGCUCCCGGAAAGAAGAUCAUCACAGGUCUUGGCGGCGAAGAGCCAUUCGUGGUAGAUUCUAAGCGUAGGGAAAAGAUGCUAAAGUCCAAGAAAAAGAUGCUUAAAUUCAAGGGUAAGGGAGACAAGGUAGUAUUCGACGAUGAGGGGAUAGCGCAUCAUCCGUACAGAAUCAAGGGCGAAGAAGACUUUAUACAGGACGGAUCCGCAGAGGCUCAGCGACAGAAAUUUGUGGAGAGUGAAGCGGUUAAGGUCAAGGAAGCGGAUAUCAACGAUAAACAACUCGCCAAGGACAGACGGCGGGAGAAGAAAGAGAAACGGAAAGCUCGGGAGGCAAUGGAAGAUGAUGAGGCGAUGGGUAGCAUGCCCAGACUCUCGGGUGGUAACGACGGGGAAGAUCCUCUCGCUCUUAUGGCAUCUCUACCAAUGGUAGGAAAAGGGGAAGGUGAAAGGAGUGGUAACGAAAUGUCCGAAGAGGAGCGUCCGCAGAAGAAAGCGAAGAAGUGGUUUCAAGACGACUCAGAAGAUGAGAGACAGAAGGAAAAGAGUAGAAAAGGCAAAGGAAAAGUUAUCGAAGUUGGCGAGGCACCAGAUACCCUGGAGGAUUACGAGGCGUUGGCUGCAGGACUGCUCGAAGAUUGA